AUGGAUGAUAAAAAAGAGCAAGCAAACGCUGCACAGAAUCUUGCACCAAACGCAAAUAUCCCAAAGUUGAGCGUAUCUAAUUCAUCAUUAAAUACUAGUAGUAGUACUGCCCUCAAUACUAGUAAUGCUUCUACCAACAAAACUUCUACAAACGACUCACCGAAGCUUCUUAAUGACGACAAGAUCAAAUCGAUACUCAACAGCGAUUCAGCCCUUGAUGUGCUUCUGGAACGAUUGAAACAAAGUUUAUCAUCAGCAGAGGAAUUUAGCAAGUUUAUCAAAAAAAAGGCUCAAAUUGAAGACGAUCACUAUAAUCAAUUGAAGAAAUUUGCCAGUCACAUUAGAACCAGUAUGAAGAAUAAUAGCAAAAACUUGAAGAAUGAUUCCCUACAAACACAAAUGGACCGCAUCAUAGGAUUUGAUGAAAGCUUAUCGGGUGUUGGAUCAAGUUAUGUGACUGCAUUAAACACAAUGUAUGAUGAAUUAACUUCAUUGGUCCAUACCAUCACCAGAUCGAGAAAGACAAUCAAAGAGGAAUAUAGGCGCAAAGAUAAGGAAUGUAUUGAUUCUAUAUCAGCAGCCGACAAAGCCAAGACUAGAUACAAUCACCUAUGUGAGGACUUGGAAAGACUUAAAAACUCCGAUCCAUCAAAGAAAUCUUUUAGUUUAAAGAAUAAAACUGUUGAACAACAAGAGGAUGAUUUACAAAGAAAAGUUGAUCUUGCUGAUCAAGAGUACAAGUCCAAAGUUGCCACAUGCAAAAAACUCAAGGACGAAAUAUUGGUCUUGCAUCGUCCAAAUAAUGCCAAAAAAUUGAAAAAUUUGAUUUUGGAAAUGGAUAUUGCUUUAAAUGUACAACUACAAAAAUAUGCAACGUAUAAUGAAACUUUAAUAAUGAAUUCAGGGGUAUUGAUCAGUCCCUUACAAUCAACAAAAUCUUCAAUGAAGUCAAUGGCUAGCUCAAUAGAUAAUGAACGGGAUUUGUAUAAGUAUUUGAUUGAACAUGGAUCUAAAACUACAAACAAGUCUUUUGUUCCUAUUGAAUACCACAUACACCCAUCAUUGGUCAAAGUUAAGGACAUUGGUAAACCGUUUUUGAAUAAUACAAAUAGAAACGUUUCCAACAGUGCAAGUAACAUAAAGGCCGCCGUGUCAGGAAACCAAUGGAAUAACGAUAAACCUAAAGCCAACAUUUAUGACAGCAACAAUAGUAACAACAACAAUAGCACCAGCACGAACACCAGUGCCACUACUUACAAUGCAAAGACUGACACUUCUUCUACUUCAGCUCCAUAUUCGGGGGUAUAUGCACCACCGAAACCAAGCAACAACACUUUUAAUAACGACUUGCCCCUCAGUACUGCCACCGCUACGGCCAUCAACUCGUCCGACUCAUCUUAUAGCAACAAUCCGCCACUGGGAUAUUCUUCACUAGACCCGGCUAGUCAACCUUCAACACCUAAUCUCAAUGGGCCAAAACCAUUUAAUUCAAGUGCCUCAUUCAAACAACCAACAUUUGGAGUAUCCAUUGAGGAUGUAAUCAAAUUUGCUGGGGUUGACAAUGUGCCCUUGGUUGUGCGCAGAUGCAUUGAAGUGAUUGAAACUUGUGGGAUUGAUCUUGUUGGUAUUUAUCGAACAAGUUCCAAUGUUAACCAAGUACAAAAACUACGUGAAUCGAUUGAUUCAAAUUUCACCAACUAUUUACUAAUUGGAAAAGAUAUCGAUGAAUCAAAUGUCAUUGACUCUGAGGUAUUUUGUGUUGCUUCUUUACUCAAGUAUUAUUUUGCUAAUUUACCUGAACCUUUGGUGACAUCGGCUGCGGCUCAAUCAUUUAUAGAAACGGUCAAGUUGAAUGAUGAACAUUUGAUUCAUAAAAAAUUACAUCAUUUGGUGUUUAGUCUACCUGAUGGUGCUUAUUUCACAUUGAGAGCAUUGAUUUUCCAUUUGAACAAGAUAGCAGCUAAUGAAUCACGCAAUAGAAUGAAUGCCAAGUCAUUGGCGAUAAUUUGGGGACCAGUUAUUUUCAACAAUAAUUCAACUAGUGCUCAAGACUUAAGUUUCAAGAGUAAAGUUGUUGAAGAGUUGAUGGGUAUUGCCACGGAUAUUUUCGAAGUUGAUGAAGAGUGA